GGUCAUCCUUUGGUUCUGGAGAAACCAGUAACUUUCUUUUAAAAGUUUUGUUUUACUUUCUGAGUGAAUUGUAUAAACUGUACUUAAGAACUUUAUUGACUGCUUUUUAUCUACAUUUUUAUAUUGAUGCUGAGUUAUUUGUCUCUUGAGAUUCAUAGUGAUGAAGGAUAUAUUUUACAUAUGGAUGAGAUCUGGAUACAUGCCCUCACGCCUUACAUCCACAGCAUAAUUUUCAUUUUUUUACUUCGCUAUCUGGUUUUGAAAUAUGACAGACCAGUUAUGAGAAGAGAUCCUGUGUUUAGGAUUUCUCCACAAAGAAAAAGGACCCAUCAGAAUCCCGAGGAGCUCAGCGAAGAGAAUGACAGAGACAUCCUAGAUGAAAGGACAAGAGCUCAGAGUGCUCUGGCUUCUGCCAAUGAAGACGAGAAACCAGUUAUCAUUGUCCACAACUUGUGCAAAGAGUACAGAUAUGGGAAGGCUUGUUCUACUUCAUGUUUCAAAAGGCAGCAGAAGAGAAAAUUGGCUACCAAAAAUGUUUCUUUUUGUGUUAAAAAAGGAGAAAUAUUAGGUCUUCUGGGACCAAAUGGUGCUGGUAAAAGUAUAACAAUUAGCAUGAUAAUGGGAGAUGUAGAUCCAACUGCUGAGCAGGUGCAGAUCAAAGGAGCUACGACAGAGGAAAAUGCUGCUCUUGGCUACUGUCCUCAGGAGAAUCCGCUCUGGUCCAACCUGACCAUGAAAGAACAUUUGGAGAUUUUUGCAGCCAUAAAAGGGAUCAGGAAGGAUGAUGCUACGAUGGCCAUUAAUCGAAUAGCUCGAGUUCUAGUCCUCGAAGAGCAUUUUAAAAAGACAACUAACACAUUAUCUGCCGGAUUAAGUCGAAAACAAUUCAUGCUGCAGAACAAGGAUGAAGGUGCCAUUUUGAUGACUCACCACAUGGAGGAAGCAGAGGCAGUGUGCGACGGAGUAGCUAUCAUGGUGUCUGGACAGCUCAGGUGUCUGGGUUCAAUUCAGUACCUGAAAAGCAAAUCUGGAAAAAAUUAUUUGCUGCAAAUAAAAUUAAAGGGGGUAGAACAAGGAGAUCUUGUGAAUACUCAGAUUCUAAAAAUGUUCCCACAAGCAGCUCGUCAAGAAAGGAUAUCCACUUUGUUGGUCUACAAGAUUCCAAUGGAAGAUGCACCACCUCUCUCUAAAGCUUUUUCCAUGCUAGAAAAAGUGAAACAACUGUUGAAUCUCGAGGAGUACAGCUUUUCUUUGAACACUUUGGAACAGGCUUUCCUAGAACUUUGCAAAGAGCAAGAGCGAGAUUAUUUUGAUUUGGCUCCGAAUACAACUUUUGAUUGGAAGAAACUUCAAGAACGUGAUCUCUAAGUCGUCAACACAUUUUUUUAAAAAAGAACAGUAAUGACACAAGCACCGAUUCCUUGAUCUAGAAGAGAGAAUAUUCUCUAGAUAAUGGGGCUUAUAAUCUGCUACUUAGAAUGGAAGUCUUUAAAGAAAAGGCAUUAUGACUAACCCUUAUAUUAGCCACAUCUAGAAAAUUUACAGUUCCAGAAAAUUUCAACCAAGAAGAAAAUGACUUUUUCUGUAUUGUUUUAUGUUUCAGGGACAUAAAUUUCACCUUUUAUUGUGGAUGUAAAUUAAAGUAUACAUAAUACUUUCAAAUAUAUACUUUUAGAUCUGCUCUCCUAAAUGUGUACAGAUAUAUUUUUCAGACUAAAAUAUGUAAGUGCCUUAAUUCUGAUAAAUAUGAUAUAUACAGUAUACU